GCGGCCAGCCCCCGGAUCCUGGGGUGCCGAGCCUGGGCGCCACCGACAAGCGCGGCGGUAUGGACAGGCCCGAGCAGCUCAUCAUGGUCCUAGGCGUGAUGACCUUUAUCUUGAUCGUCGGCCUGCCCGUCAGUGAGGCCUUCGUGCUGCUCGGCGACAGGCACUUCCGCUUCUGGAUGGGGUGGGAGCGGCCCGUGCUGCAGCUCGCGCUGUCGGCAUGCGUCGUGCUGCUGCUCGCGGGCACACUGCUUGCCCUCUACAGGAGGGCGCCGCCCCGCGUCAUGAACGAGCACACGGCGGUCCACGUCGGGUCCGUCUUCGCCACACUCGUUGGCCUGGUGUCCGUGCUCGUCGCCCUCCCUUCCUCCAGGAACAUGUACGUCACUUCUGGCCUUUUGAAGAACGGGUGCAGCACCGCCGUCGUGGACUCCAUAAAUUUGCAGGCGUACAGCAAGGUCCUCUACAACAUUCGCGGCACGUCUGCGUGCCAGCUGGAAGAGAGCGUGGAGGAUUGCGAGGGUUGGAAGGAGAACCGCUACACCGCCUACCUCCGGUUCCUGGAGGAAGACAUGGACUGCGGCCCCCUGUGCCCAGAGGGGAGCGAGUUGCCCGCGAGCGCCAAGCUGCCGAUGAGCCAUGCGGAGGCGCAUGCGUAUGCCGUCAGCAAGAGCAAUGGCGUGCACUUUGCCGACAGCCCCCUCAGCCGUGGUGUUAUCAGCGGCACUCAAGCCAUGCUGCAAGGAGAGCGAGCAGGGUUUGUUGCGGGUAGUGGCUGUGAGUGGAUCGGGGGUGUUGAGGGACGGAGGCGUGCGGCUUGA